CCAAAGCGGCAUACGACCUAAGCUCAGUUGCUGGUUAAACGUCGAGAUGUUGAGAUUAUCGAGCAAGUGCAGUGCCGGUGGCUUUAACCACCUCCUCGUCCCGGCUGCAGUGCUACUAAUAAUCCUUCAAGCAAUCAAUUUAACCGAGGGCCAGACUUCCGAUUACUGCCUCGACUCUUUGUGCGCGUUGUAUAAUGGAACCCAUACGGUGCAAGUGCCACACAUUGCCUGCCAUAAUAAUGGCAGCUUUGAUGCCGUUCGUUGUGGCCCCCAGCCAAAGCUAUUGGACAUGAGUGAUCGCCGCAAACAGCUGUUACUGGAUAUGCAUAAUUUGGCUAGAUCUAAAAUAGCUAGCGGUGAUUUACCUGGCUAUAAGAGCGCAUCUCAUAUGCCGCUGAUGCGCUGGGACUCCGAACUGGAAUACCUGGCCGGACUACAUGCCAAACGCUGUCAGUUCGCUCAUGAUAAAUGCCGGAAUACACCUCGUUUUAAGAUCAGUGGACAAAAUAUUGGUUAUUUCUGGAUAGGACGGGAAUUCAAGUCGCAUUCCAAGCGCAUGAAAUCGUUCGUGCUCAAUUGGUUUAAAGAGUAUCUGGAUGCCGAUCAAAGUUUCAUUGAUAGCUAUCAUUUGCAUCCAGAAAAUAAAAAAAUUGGACACUUUACAAUGCUGGUCUCGGAUCGUGCGCAUCGUGUUGGCUGUGCUGCAGUGCAUUUCCUUGAAUCCAAAUCCAAUCGUUUCCAAUUCAUGUUGACUUGCAACUACGACUACAAUAACAUUUUCAAUGAGCCCAUCUAUCAGACGGGUCCCCCAGCCUCUAAGUGUCAAUUGAAUCAUGUCAGUGAGAAGUUUCCAUCACUAUGCGAUUGGAAAGUUGAUGAUGACAGCGAGGAAAGUCUCGAAGAUGAAAAUAUGCUGGACAACAAUGUACCCCUUUAAAUAUCACCAUCUUACCAUGAUUUCAUAUCUGUAUUAUAUGUAUGUAAUUUUUUUUUUCAUUAACAUCACACAUUCAU